GUUUGACAGUUGACAGCGAAAUUUUCCAACUAAUCCUGAAAUUUACUAACCUCAUAGCUUAUCCUCAAAUCGUGUUUAUUCGUAAUAUAAUAAUAAUACAAUAAUAAUUUCGCAUGCUCUGAUUUUUUUGUGUUAUAAAUGAUUUUUCUAUAAAAAUCUUUAUAAUAUUUUGUAAAUAUGUUUGCAGCAAGUGCCGUAAGAAACUUUAAUACUAUAACUUAUAGUGACAAUGUCUAAGAUAAAACGAAAAAUAACAGUUAAUUUAAGCACUAAAGGUAAAGGGAGCAUUCCCAAAACUCGUCCUAGUGUUUUCGAAAGACUCGGUACCAAAGCCACGAAUACAGGGAAAGAAUAUUGUCACCAUUGGGCUCAAAGUGGUUCAUGUCCUUAUGGCAAAGGUUGUAAAUAUUCAAGUACUCAUACCCUUAUAAGCCCUUCUAAACAAAGGGCCGCUAAAACCCAAAGGCGUCAUAUAAAAGAUGGUCAUAAGAGAGUACAACAAGAAGAAUGGGAUCAGUGGGAUCCUGAGGAAUUGGAAGAUGCAGAUCCUGACGAUUUAGAGAGAAAGAGACAAGAAUUACAGAGAGAACUCGAACUACAAAUGAAAAUGGAAAGUAAAGCCAAGAAAAAAGAUAAAAAGAAAGAAAGUAGUCAAAGUAGCGAGACUUCUAGUUCUACCACAGAUUCUACUACUUCAAGCGAUGAUUCUAGUUCGUCUAGUACAAGUUCUGCAGAUGCGAAGAAAAGAAAAUUGAAGAAAACCAAAACUAAGAGGUCCAGUUCUACUUCGUCAGAAGAACGGGGAAGGAUUAAACACAAAUCUAAGACUAAGAGAUCUUCAAAAUCAUUAAUAAUGGAAAAGGGAAAAAAAGUAAGUAGCAAAGCGGUCAAAACCAAAUCCGUUUCGCCGACCAGACAAAGAAAAAAAUCCGAAACACCCCCGAUAAAAUCUAAAGCGUCGGUCACAAAAAAAUUGAGUUCAGAAAAAUCUCCACGACCCCAAAGUCGAUCGAGCAACAAAGAAAAACACCGCACGCCUUCACCUAAACCGAAAGACAAAGAACGCGAAAAAGAACGCGAAAGAGAAAGAGAACGCGAACGGGAAAAAGAAAGAGAAAAAGAACGCGAACGAGAAAAGGAAAAAGAGAGAGAAAGAGAAAAGGAAAAGGAACGAGAGCGCGCCAAAGAACGAGCAAAGGAAAGAGAACGAGAAAAAGAGAAGGAACAUAAAAAGAAGGAAUCGAAUAGAUCGCCGAAAAGGGAUAAUAGAUCUGGAAAGGACGUACGUAAUAAGAGAGAUACACCGGAUCCGGUACAUACCAAGGAAAGGAAACCAUCACCGGGUAGAGGAAAAGGAAAUAUUAGAAAGGAUCACAAGAGUCCUCUUAAGGAUGAUAGAAGAAGCGAUAGGAGAGAUGAUAGAGAUAGAUCUAGAGGUAAAGACGCUCGAUUAUCAGAUAGAAGCUUGACUCGUAAAGACAUCAAACACGAUUCUAGAGAUAGGGAUAGAGAGCGCGAUAGAGAAAAAGAAAGACGUUUAGCGAGAGAAAGAGAAGAAGCCAGAGAAAAAGAACGAGAAGAAGCGUUGGCUAGAUGUCAAGAGAGACAGAGAGAACGUGAACGUUUAAAAAAGGAGGAGGAACAAAGAAGGAGAGAUAGGACGAGAAGAGAAGAUAGGGGACUGGAUAAACCAUCAGGCGAUCGUGUCGAACGUCUCCUUCCUCCUUUGGAAGAACGCGUACCGCCAUCUCGAAAAGGUCAUUCGAGCGAAAGGGGGGAUCGAGAUAGAGGUAGGGGGGAUGGUCGCGGACGUGAUCGUACCCCAGAUCGAUCGUUAACGCGCAAAUCUCCCGAUAGACGCGGUGGAAACGAUAUGAACAAAGAUCGAUCCUACGAUAGAGGCCACGAAAGGGAUUACGUUUCGGUGCACAGAGACAAAGAUUACGACAGUCCUUACGAUCGAGGUCGUCAACACGACGAUAGACGAUACCUCGACGUAGACGUAGAUCAUUACGACGACAGAAUGUACGGAAACAGUUUGGAAGAUAGAAGAAGCCGGAGAGAUAUGUGGGACGAUAUGGCGGACGUCGAAAUGGAUCAUAGAUUAAGAUACGGAGGACAGAGAGACGAUUUGAAAUCGAAUAGAGCCGGUGAUUGGAUCGAUCAUCAACAUUCUGAUUAUCCAGAACACGAUUGGGAUAGAAAUAAUCGACGAGCUUUGAACCCCGAUUGGGAUACCAGAGAUAAUUGGGAUAGUCAUAAACAGGUCGCCGCCGGUGGAUGUCUGGAAGAAGAAUGGAGGCAUUAUAAUAGAUCUAUGGAAGCUUGGAAUAAUGAAGAUAGGCGCAGAUGGCAGCAGCAGGAUUGGAGGGAACGCUCUAGACCCAGAAGUGCUGCGUCGCAUCAUCAUGUAGAAACUAUGAGCGUUCCACCAUCCGAAGAUUCUAAUUUAGAAUCGAAUCGUAAAAAGGAAGUAUCGGUCGUAGUGCCACAAUCCACGGAAGAAUCGUCGCAAGUUAAAUUGGAUAUUAUCGCCGGUGAAGAAGAUGCCAAUAGAUCGACACCCGCGUCUCAAAAACGUCCUAUAGAUGAAUCUUUAGAUAGUCCCGGAAGUUCGAAAAAACUUUGCGUCAAAUCUGAUAUAAUGCAACCAGCUUUGGAAGACGAUCUCAGCGAAAUAAGCGACGACGCUGACGAUAUUUUGAAUAGAGACGAAGAUAUACCCGAAACUAAUAUAGAAGAAUCUACUGAAACGCAAGGAACGUCCGAACCUAGCGGUCCGAAUGCAGCUACAACGACGGAACAAACUUCCGUAGCUUCACAAAAAUCGUCACAAACUCCUCCGGGCGAACAAUCUCGUCCGCAAUCACCUGCAACCGCCGCAGCUACUAAUAAUAAAGGAGGAUCGAUCGACGAGGAUCACAUGGAAUUAGAUUUCGAAGAAAUAUCAGAAGAUGAAUUGGAAGAAGAAUCGAAGAUGAAAGGUUUAGUCGAUGCUUUGGGCGUCGAUUGGUCUAGUUUGGUAGCCGAAUCGAAACCUAGAACUAAACCGAGUAGUAGCGCCAAAAUUAAAUGGGAAGCUCAUAACGUUUUAGUCAACUUGGGGGUUUCCGUACAGUUGGCAGGCGAAGAUUUAGUAAAGUUGAUCCUAAAGGAACACGCCGACGCAAAAAUGGCUCAUCAAAAUAAAGAAGUCGUAAAAUCGGAGAUGGUAGAUGUUAAGGUAAAAAUAGAACCCGAUGAAUCGAUUACGAACGGCGUAGAGGCGAAUGUUAAGAUUGAAAAUGCGGAAGUGAAAAUUGAGCCUACAAAUAUGGAGGAUAUUAACGUCCCCGAAUCUCUGGCGGCCAUUCAAGUAGCCGAUAGGGAAAGAUCGGCGAUCCGGAAGAGUCUCUUUACUAAUGUCGGACCUCAUAGGAGAGCGUUAGCAGCUAGAAGGGAUUUAACCAUCAGGAGACAUUUGUGUAAUUUACCGAUCACCGAUAAGCACGUAGAAGUACCUAAAAGAUACGAUCCAGAUUUAUUUCAAUUGGCUUCGCAAUUAUUAGAAAGAAGUUUGUAAUUUAUAUUAAAAUAAUAAACCGAUGUAACAUUUA